UUAGUGUUGUUUUUGUUUUCAAGCAGAGAAGUCGUGCGCGGUCGAAAUUGUAGGAAAUUUCGUUCUGAAAAAAUCGAAAAAUAUUUGAAAAUAAUUCGUAUAAUUCCUAAAUAGUACGAGCUACCAUUUUGGUCAGUGUAAUUUCGACACGCGUGCUGUAACGUUCGUCGACCGAGAGAGAAGCGAGAAAAAUGCGACUGUGAGAAGAACAACGUAACGCGCGGUGCCGUCUUUAACUUCUAAUUAGAUUUGCUAUAACCAAAUCAUAAUAUCAAAUACAUCUCAUAUAUAAUGUACAUAUACGGAACCUGAAAUGUAUUCAAACAAUCAUACUACAAGUUAAUAAAAACCUUGUGCAAAUAUAUCUUUAGACGGGUACCAGGUGCCGACGGCAAAAAUAAAUAAAAGAAGAGUGUUUGUGUGUGAAAUGAAAACAAAUUGAUCACAAUUGAAUUGAAUUGAUAUCUAUGCAAAAGCGAUCGCAAACUAGCAGCGACUGUGCGACAGUGAGACAAGACUAAGCAGUACCUACUAUGUAUAUAGACAUAGCCAGUUCUGAUCAGGAAGAGAAUGGCGCUUGCUCGCCAGUGACAACAGCUACAUCUAAUGCCAGUCCCAGUCGUAGAAGUCCGCAGCGUCACUUGGACUUGGAGAUGUCAUCUAACAAUACAGUGAAAAGUAAAGAAGAAGGCGAAGAUACUAAGUUAGAGACUAAACAAUUACCAGAACAAUUUGUCGAAGAUAAUGCCAAUGUGGCGGAGGAGGAGGGGAAUAUUGAAGAUAAUAAUAACAAAGUUUCGGUCAUGACAAAGCCUGCCCUUAUAACCAGCAUGGAGGAGGGGUCCACCAGACCGAAUACACCCAAGGACAGUCAUGAAGACGCUAAGGAAAAGAAUGUGGAAGUAGACAUAGAAAUGUCUGAGCAGGAUCACGAAGAGGCAACUGCUCCAUUGAAUGCUUCAGAAAAAACAGAGAUCCCCACAUCUACCACACCAACUCCUACAUCAGUUGCGAACGCAGCAGCUGCAGCGGCUGCAGCAGCAGCAGCCUCGUCUGGAGCUGCGCCUGUCACUUUGGAGGCCAUUCAAAACAUGCAAAUGGCCAUAGCCCAAUUCGCGGCCAAGACCAUAGCAAACGGCUCCACCGGUGCCGAUAAUGAGACGGCCAUGAAGCAGUUGGCCUUUCUACAGCAGACGCUGUUCAAUCUGCAACAGCAACAACUAUUCCAGAUUCAAUUGAUCCAACAGUUGCAGUCUCAACUGGCUUUGAAUCAACAGACAAAACAGAGCGACGAGGAGGAGGAGGACGAGGAGCGGGAAAUAGAUGAAGAAGAAGAAAGAGAAGAACAGGAGACAGACACAUAUGAAGAAGAGGAGCGCAUAGCAGACAUGGAGCUACGCCAAAAAGCAGAGGCUCGCAUGGCCGAGGCUAAGGCUCGUCAGCAUUUGAUCAAUGCCGGAGUUCCCCUAAGAGAUGGAUCUCCCGUAGAGGGAGAGUCCUUAAAAAGACGAAGGCAGGAGACAGAGGCAGAAGACGGGGAGGAGGAGCGUAAAGAUGGCGAGCAACAGCCUAGUCGACGAAUUGAAUCCACCCAGGAGACUUUAGCUAAGCUCAAGGAUAUGGAGAACAUGCCGUUACCAUUUGGAUCCGAUUUGGCUUCAAGUAUCAUCACCAAUCAUGAUGAUCAUUUAGCCGCUCCAGCGAAUUCUCUCGAUCUUUUGCAGAAGCGCGCCCAAGAGGUUCUAGAUUCCGCCUCCCAAGGUAUCCUGGCCAACAAUAUGGCAGAUGAUUUUGCUUUUGGGGACAAAAAUGGCGAUGGUAAGAAUAGAAAUGAGCCCUUCUUUAAGCAUCGUUGCCGCUAUUGCGGCAAAGUGUUUGGCUCCGACUCGGCCCUGCAGAUCCAUAUACGUUCCCACACUGGAGAACGACCCUUCAAGUGCAAUGUUUGCGGCAGUCGAUUCACCACCAAAGGCAAUUUGAAAGUGCACUUCCAGAGACAUGCGCAGAAGUUUCCGCAUGUUCCUAUGAAUGCUACUCCCAUACCCGAGCAUAUGGACAAAUUUCAUCCGCCCCUGCUCGACCAGAUGUCCCCAGAUAGCUCACCCACCCAAUCACCCGCCCCCAGUUCAGCCAGUACGGCACCACAGCAACAGCAGGCCUUGCCAGUUAGCUAUUCCGCAACGCCUGCCUUCCCCGGACUGUACCGCUCACCUAUGGAUAUAUUAAAGUCGUUGGGCGGCAAUCCUGCAAAUUUGCCUCAUCCCUUUUUUCCCCAAAUGUCGCAACUGAAACCUAGCCAGGAGAUGCCUACUGAUUUGAGUAAAUCGUCAGGUCCCAGUUCACCGAGAGACGAUGAUGAAGAUAUGGUUGUUCCAGUAAAAACGGAAAUAAUCGAGGAAAAGGAAUCCAGUGAGCAGCAAAGGGAAGAAGAGGAAGCGGCUUCAAUAGCAGCAGCGACAGGAAAUGAUUCCGAGUUGGAGCCAGAGCCUCUGCCAUUAGAGGUAAGAAUCAAAGAGGAACGUGUGGAGGAAGACAGCGAAAAUGAUCGGGAAUUAGAUCGCAGAGAUUCUUCGCCUCCGCCUGCUCCUAAGUCGCCCAGUCAGCGAUCUCUUCAAAAUCCUCAUCACCACCUGCAUCAUCCCCAUCAACUGCCUCCAGCAUAUCCGCCAGUGAUGCAACCAAUACAACCUCCCGCCAUUAUAAAUCCACAACCCUCGCCAAAGUCUCAAAUGCAUUUGGAUCACUUGCCUACGCCGGGACAGUUGCCUCCUACAAUGCCGCCGCAUCGGGAGGAUUUCUUCAACGAAAGGUUUCCUCUCAAUUUUACCAGCGCCGUCGGAAGUAAAACUCUCUCACCCGAACAUCAUUCCCCUAUUCGAUCACCAGCCUCAGGACCACCGCCAAUGGGACCCCAUGGUGGUCACGCCCACAUUCCACGCUCACCCUUCUUCAAUCCCAUCAAACAUGAAAUGGCAGCUCUUCUGCCGCGUCCGCAUAGCAAUGAUAACUCCUGGGAGAACUUCAUUGAAGUCUCCAAUACAUCGGAAACAAUGAAGCUCAAGGAACUGAUGAAAAACAAGAAGAUCAGUGAUCCCAACCAGUGUGUGGUAUGCGAUCGGGUUCUGUCUUGCAAGAGUGCCCUUCAAAUGCAUUACCGUACUCAUACCGGAGAACGGCCAUUCAAAUGCCGGAUCUGCGGACGCGCCUUCACCACCAAGGGCAACCUGAAGACACAUAUGGCGGUGCACAAGAUUCGUCCUCCCAUGAGGAACUUUCACCAGUGUCCCGUCUGCCACAAAAAGUACUCGAAUGCUCUGGUAUUGCAGCAACAUAUACGCCUCCAUACAGGAGAACCCACCGAUUUAACGCCAGAGCAGAUACAGGCAGCUGAGAUCCGAGAUCCACCGCCAUCCAUGAUGCCGGGACACUUUAUGAAUCCAUUUGCUGCAGCAGCAUUCCAUUUUGGCGCCAUGCCUGGUGGCAGUCCCGGAAGCGGUGCAGGUCAAGUACCUCCUGGGAGCCAUAUGGCCGCUCAUCAUAACGGAGUCGCUUUAGGCUCGGAGUCCUCUCAGGGUGAUUUGGAUGACAAUAUGGAUUGUGGAGAUGACUUUGACGACGAUGUGUCAUCAGAGCAUUUGUCGAACAGCCAUUUGGCAGAGGAAGGUGGAGAUCGUCCACGUUCCGGGGACGAUUUUAAGUCUUUGCUCUUUGAGCAAAAGUUACGCAUAGAUGCUAGCGGAGUGGUAAACACCCAGGCCAAUUCCGUGGGUUCCACUUCGGCACCCAACAGCCCCACGUCGCAGCCAAAUCCCAGCUUAUCGCCAGCACGCUCGGAUGUGUCACAGGGUGCCCUGGAUCUAACACCACGGGCUGCUGCCGCUCCACCCUCAACUAACUUGUCCACCUCUCCGCCUUCUAGUGAUCGUAAAGACAAAACCCAGUCGCCCGUGUCUCUUCCUAUGCAUCCAGCCGAAUCCCGAAGAAGCCCAAGUGCCAGCGCUGCUCCUCUACCUCCUUCUGUGGCCUUGGAUUGCCUGCCUCCGGGAUUGCAACACCAUUUACAGCAGCAGCAUCAGCAUCUUAUGCAACAACAAGCUGCCGCUCUGCAUCAUCAUCAGAUGCAACAGCAUGCCGCCGCCUUACAUCAGCAGCAUCAAGAGCAACUGCGACGAGAGGCGCAGGAAGUGCAGCAAAAAGCGGCAGCCGCCGCGGCUGCUGCUGCCGCCGCCCAGAGACAACAGACACCCCCGCAGCCUGGCAGUCCGUCGUCCAACCAACCAACACAGCCACCUAAUCCUCUGAUGGGCGCACGACCUCCAUUUGGCAUGUUCCCAAAUCUGCCGCUAUUUCCCCCCUCAACGACUCAGAAUAUGUGCAAUGCUAUGAAUCAGAUUGCCCAGUCGGUGAUGCCAGCGGCUCCUUUCAAUCCGUUGGCCUUGAGUGGUGUUCGCGGCAGCACCACGUGCGGCAUCUGCUACAAGACAUUCCCAUGCCAUUCGGCUCUCGAGAUUCACUACAGGAGCCACACCAAGGAACGCCCAUUUAAGUGCAAUAUAUGUGAUCGCGGUUUUACCACCAAGGGCAAUCUUAAACAGCAUAUGUUAACCCACAAAAUUCGAGAUAUGGAACAGGAAACUUUUAGAAAUCGCGCAGUAAAAUAUGAAUGACUCGAGCGAUGAACGCGGUUAGGUAAAUCCCAAAUAUAAAAGAACCAAAUAUGAUCUCAAGAGGGUAAAUAAGAACCAUGAAAAGAGUAAGGCAAACGAGGAGCGGGGCUCGAAUGUUAUAAACAAAUCUUUUUCCGAUAUUUAUAAAUUGUGUUUGCCCACAAAAAUAUUAUUUGAUUGUUGUUUUUUCAAAAUCAAAAAAAAAAAAAAAAGGAAUAAGAUGGAAAUGGGCAAUGUGAAAUCUUCUUUUCAUCGAUUUUUCUUUCAUAAACAAUGUUUUUAUGAGCCCAAAAGAAGAAAUCAUAGAGGAAAUUAUCCAGAAGAAGAAACAAGAAAUGAAUCGUAUCCAAAGAUGCAUCAAAAGCAAUUUUCCUCCCAGAGCUAAACAAAACCAGACUAGAGACUGAUAGCGUUUCAUGGCCCCCCAAAAAAACCAAAAGCUAUAGAAAAACCCAACAAAAAUCGAGCAGAAUCAGAAUUCACAAAUCAGAUAUAGAGACAGAAUCAGAGGAGUACCAGAGACGGCGUAUAGUAAAAAGAAAUCAAAAUUCGAAUUUAAAACAACCAGCAACAAAAGGUAUAUACACAAUAAAUAAAUAUAUAUCUGA